AUGGCCAACUAUAGUAGUAAUUACAUUCGAGAUUUUGCAACACUAACUGCUCCCCUUCGUGACCUGACGAAAAAGGAUGUUCGUUUUGAGUGGACUCAAACACACCAAACUGCUUUUGAAAAGCUGAAAAACACGCUUGCAAUUGCUCCAUGUAUGUCAUAUUUCGACAAAAACAAACAAACUUUUGUAACAGUUGAUGCUAGUCCUGUAGAAAUUUCUGGAAUUCUUUCUCAGAAACCAAGAAACGGUGACGUAGACAGUCAACAGAUAAUUGCAUAUGCCAGCCGAGCGCUGACUGAUACAGAAAAGAGAUACUCCCAGACGGAAAAAGAAGCGUUAGCGAUAGUAUAG